AUGAUCAGGUCCUCCUCGACAGCUGUCUUCAAGCUUCGUCUGAACUUCGCGCUGUUUAAUGCCAGGCCAGCAGUUUACAAUUCUUCCUUACCGGGCUUGUAUCGGCGGAGGUAUUCCACUUCGAAACCGGUCGUUUACUUGGAUCACCCACCAGAGAGCGCCGGCUUAGAAGGAAUCACUUAUCUUAACCUGAAUCGUCCAGAAGCUAAGAACGCCAUCUCAUUGGAACUAUUAGAUCAAAUGUUUACCUGCUUGGGCAAGGUAAGGUUUGACGGAACUCGAGUUUUAAUUUUGAAGUCAUCCGUACCAGGAUCGUUUUGUGCGGGCGCGGAUCUGAAGGAACGUCGACGGAUGAGCAAGGUCGAAGUCUCGAAAUUCUUACACGACCUUCGUAACACUUUGCACGAGCUUGAUACGCUUCCAAUGCCCACGAUUGCUGCGAUUGAUGGGCCCGCGCUCGGUGGUGGUCUUGAGUUAGCACUAGCAUGUGAUCUCCGGGUCGCUGGGCCUGGUGCAACCAAACUUGGCCUAACUGAGACUAAACUGGGAAUUAUUCCGGGGUAAGAGUUCUCAAUGCCAAUUCCAAGUACUUGAUGAUGCGAGGCGAUGCAUUGGAUCGAAACAUCUUCAAGUGUCUGAAAAUAAGUAAUCAUUUUCAACUUCUCUUAUGAAGAGCUGGUGG